GCGCGCCGCUGUCAGUCGUGUUUGGAUAUCGGAGGUACGCGCGUGUCGCGGUUUCGCUCGGAGGCGUUUUGAUAUGAGCCCGCUCACCCGCGUUCGCGGCCGUUUGUGUAACCUUGUGUUUGCCAAAAUCACGCCAUGACACAAGAGGAGCUUUGCACUCGGCUCGACUACGAGCUCCAGUCCUCCUCCGGAAAUGCUUCCGACGAAGACAGUGUUAUCAUCAGAAAGGAACGCGCGAGUGUUAGAGAUAUGAUUCUACGCUUUGAAAGGACUAAUAUCAAUAACCUCGGUGAUUCUAGAGAGUCGUUGGAAAAGUGUAAAGAACCAUUGGGAAGUUUGACAAGUGUAGUUAAUCCUAUUCAAUCGCAUUUUCAGCAUUUGUAUCCAGUGACAAAGUCCCAAGAUAGAAAUUCGAAUAUAUCAGUGAAUUCAAUUUUAUCUAAUGCUUCAGAACAUAGUUAUGAAUCUAGUUCGUCAGGUUUUAUCUCUGAUAGGAAAUCUGCAGUAGAUGUCCUCGUGCCCCACAGACCCGCUCCACCACCUCCGGAUCAGUUCAAGGAUAGCACUUCACCAAAAAGCAAAUCCCCUGUACCAGAGGAGGAGGAAGUCACGUUUAGGGAAAGACGGUAUUCCUUUACUACGCCAAGUUCAUCACCUAUAGUCACGCGACGAUCUCGACAGCCGCCAGUGAUCAGGAGGAAAUCUAAUGCAGGUCAAGGACAUCCCGGAGAAAGACAUUGGUCUUACGGCGUGAAGCAAAGUGACUUAGAGAAGCUACUGAGACUUAAACGUUCUGAUCCCUCUGAUAACGAGGAAGAGGUACCUUGUCAAGAGACCAUCCCCGGCUCAUCAGAUGAUGACAGCAGCAGUGACAGCAGUGAAUCAAGUGAGAAUUUGAGUAAUGGAAAGGAAUACAUACUUAAUAUAGAUGACAGUGCAGUGGAUGCAUUGUCCACUGAUCAAUCAACGGACACGUUGAUACACGAAGAAAAUAGUGAUGAGCAAAGUGAACGAGGAGACGAUGGAUCAGUCUCCUCUGGUGAUCGUGUUAAUUAUGACAAUGUUAGUAUUAAAUCGAUAUCGUCAUUCGAUAUGGUUCCAUACCAAAAAUAUGAUAGUAUUACAGUUUCUUCCGAUGAGUUUGGUUCCGAGGUGUGCCACGCACCGGACACAGAGUUUCUUACUGUGAGUGCAGUGAACGAGUGGUGUAUUUCCAAGUCUACGGAACCGGUAUUGAUGCCGGUGGAAUCGAAAAAGGAGAAAUAUCGCAGACGUCUCACGGAACGAGUGAACGAGUUGAUACACACCGAGAACGUUUACGUGGAACGAUUACGGCACGUCGUCGAUGACUACAUCCCCAACAUGAGCCGAACUGAUCUGUCACCAAACUUCAGGGCACUGAAGCCCGAAAUCUUCGGAAACAUCGAGAAAAUAUUCCGGUUUCAUUCCGAAGAGUUCCUACCAGCCUUGAGGGACUGCGAAAAUGAUCUCAGAAAGUUGGGCCAGUGUUUCAGAAGAUUUGAAAAAAGGUUCAAUAUGUACGUUAUGUACUCUAGGAAUAAUAAGAGAGCGACGAGACUGGUGUUCGAACACAAACACUUUUUCCAGGAAAUCCAAUUAGAAUUAGGUGAUCGAUUAGAUCUAUCAAGUUACCUUCUCGAGCCAGUUCAGAGGAUACCGAGAUACAAACUGUUUUUGGCAGAUUUAGUUAAAACUUACACUAGUUAUGAAAAUGAAAGGUGCGAGUCCGAUUCGAGGAUAUCAAAACUAAGUGUGGACAGCGACGAGACUGGCGGCAGCAACGGAGAGUCCUCGGAUAACGACGAGACUCCAUUGGAAAGUUUGAAGUUGGCCAAAACUAUGAUUGAGUGUGUAUUAACAGCGGUCGACGAAAUAAUGGCGCUGGAGAAUAUCACCGACUGUCCGCUAUAUUUGAACUUGCUGAACCAAGGCCGGUUGUUACGCCAAAACGAGUUCUAUGCGAUGGACACGGCGCGCCGCCGCAGACAGCUAAUGAGGAUAUUCCUCUUCGACAAGCUCGUACUCAUCACCAUUGUGUACAGAAAGCAACCGAGGAUAGAGUGUUUUGUUUACAAGGACCACAUAUCGGUCGACGAUUUGGGGAUAACGGCGAAGGAGCACGACCAACACAAGUUCACGAUAUGGUACAAGAAGAGGAACCUCAAGUCUUACAAGUUGGAGACGUACGAGCCCACGGUGAGGCACGCCUGGGUCGAGGACAUCACCUCGUUGCUAUGGGAACAAGCCAUGCAGAAGAAAGAACUCCUUCAGCAGCAGAGAAACAAGAGGAUAUCGAUGGUUUCCAUGAACAGUGAAGAAUCGACAGAGUCCGAGAGAAAUGAUGACAAAUAUAAUUCAUUGCGAGGAGUGCCAGGGGAAGUCAAGAGGUUCGGAGAUAAGAAAGUGCGACGGACCACUUGGUACUGCGAGUGACCAGACAGCUUCUCUCACUACUGGUACUAACUCUCCGACACGGCACUAUCUGUGUGUGUUUUAAAGCAAGCGUUGCUCAAUGAUAUAUGAACAAAUAUUUAUGUAGUUACUAUAAUAUUAUCAGAAGUUUAGGAAGGAAAUAUAUGAAUGUUCUGAUUGACUGAUGCGUAUACCAUUGAAUUCUUGUACUCGGAAUAACGAAUUAAAUCAACAUGAAUUUGCUACUUAAUUAUUGUUACUUAUCUACUAAAGUUUUAAUUUGUUGUUUCUUCGAUUAAUAAUUGAACUAAAGUUACUAAAGAAUUAAUUCAAAGUCAGAGUACAUGAAUAAAAUUUUAUGUUAUAGUAAGGCGAUACAUCCAAAGAAAUAUGUUACGGCUAGAUAAAUAAAAGUUCUAAAAUGGUUACUUAAGAUUUAUUGAAAACAGCAUUAUGCGAGCAGAACUCUUCAGGAUAUAAGAUAUAGAUAAAACAUCGCAAUAGAAAUUUUACGAUAUGUACGAGAAAUGUGAUAAAACGUUAUUCGAAAAUGUAUUAUACUUUAUGUUAUUAUGGUAAUUUCAGUCAUUAUUUUAUGGGACGUAUAUUGUUACAGUGUUAUUUAGUGUUAUCCCUUUUGUAAAUAAGUAUUAUUGUAUCAAUAAAUAAAAGUAUAUCGUCCGAUGUAAAGUGAA